AUGGUCUUGAUCGACGCCAAGGUCCCCUUGCCCGACGCUGAGCAGGCUCCCCCGCCGCCGUCCUACCCACAAGAACCCUCCCCGCCGCCCGCACAACCCUCGCACUCCUAUGCUCCCGACCCACGCCAAUAUCCGGCCUAUGAUAUGGGCAUGGGCCCGCCCUUUAAUUCGCAAUUGUUGAUACGAUGUGCUCAAGGAGAGCACGAAGUGACAACAACAUUCGGCCUGUGCGGCAUUAUUUGUGCGGUUCUCAUCUUUCCAUUAGGCCUCAUCUGCCUAUGUCUGGACUCGGAGAAGAAAUGCUCAAGAUGUGGCACCCGCAUCGAAUGA